AUGGGGCCUGGGUGCAAUGAAUUACCCUUUCUUUUUCCUGCAGGACCAGCGCUAGCUGUCCAAGCUCCAGGUUUGCUUCCAGAGCCAGUAAGCCAUGCCAGAGAAAGCAGUGAGGCGCCCAGCCUCUGGGACAGCAUCCUGUGGAUGGCGGCGCCGAAGAAAAGGCGCACCAUUGAAGUGAACCGCUGCAGGCGAAGAAAUCCCAAUAAGCUGAUAAAAGUAAAGAGGAACAUAGACGUUUGCCCCGAGUGUGGAAACUUGAAACAGAAGCAUGUCCUUUGUGGCUAUUGUUAUGCAAAGGUCAAAGCAGAAACUCGACUGAUACGGAUGGAAAUACGGAAAAAGGAAGGAGGACCAUUUAAUACUCCUACUGUAGAGACCGUUGUCCUUUAUGAUGGAGAAAAGCCCACGGAAAAAGAUGAAGGCAAGCGGAUCAUUGAAAGAGCCAGGAAGCGUCCAUCUUGGUUUGUUCAGAAUUGA